GUUGGCCUAGUCAGGAACCUGGUCCUAUCAAUUCUGUCUAAUAUCAAAAUUGGGACCCUGGAGAUUUACUCUCACGACGGCGAAAAAUGGAGAUUUGGUCAUGGGAACGAAGGACACAAAGGUGUCAUACAUGUCCAGAAGGAUACGUUCUGGUUCCGAGUACUUGUAUCGGCAGACCUUGGCUUCGCCGACUCCUUUCUGUUGGAAGAGUUCUCGACCCCAGACCUGAUGGCACUGAUGGAGCUCUUUAUCGAAAACGAACAGCAUCUGUCCAACCUCAGCACCACCCCAUAUCGAUUUGUGGCUGCCAUCUCGGAUGUGCUCUUCCGCACCGUCGACACGGGUACCCUCAAGAACGCCAGUCUGAACAUGGCCGCCGCGUACGACCUCUCCAACGGGAUGUUCGAAGCGUUCCUCUCUCCGGACAUGAGCUACUCCUGUCCGAUCUGGCGGGCCCGGUCGCAUCCGCAGUACGCGAGCGACACCCUGGAGGCCGCGCAGAUGCGCAAGCUGGAUCAACUGCUGGCGAACGUGCACGCGCAGCCCACGGACUACAUCCUGGAGUUCGGGACGGGGUGGGGCAGCAUGGCGAUCCGCGCGGCGACGACGAUCGGCUGCCGCGUGACGACCUGCACACUCUCCGAAAUGCAGUACCAGAGGGCGCAGAAGCGCGUGCGCGCCCUGGGGCUUGAGGAUAAGAUCACGGUGCUGCUGUGUGACUAUCGCCUGCUCCCGGUGCCGGAGGUGCUCUACGACAAGAUCGUCGCCGUGGAGAUGAUGGAGGCGAUGGGCGACCAUGAGUUGCAGACGUUCUGGGAGACCGUCGAUAGGUUCCUCAAGCCGGAGGGAGGGAUUGUCUCGAUUCAGUCGAGUAUUAUGCCGGAGUCGUUCUAUUUCAGAUUCAUUCGUCGAUAUAUCUUCCCCGGAGGCCACUGUCCCAGCGUCGCCAGACUGUUGGAAGCAGUGCAAAGUUCCAACGCCCGACUCGAUCUGGAAUCCGUGCAGCAAUAUGGCGCCCACUAUGUGAGAUGUCUCAACGAAUGGAGCAGGAAGUUCCAGCAAAAUUUCCGGGGCAUCAUUGCCCCCCUCAUGCGAGAAAAGUACAACUUGUCGGAACACGACGUGGAGGUCUUUUAUCGGAAAUAUAUUUACUACUUUGCGUAUACAGCGGCUGCAUUCGAUACAAAGGUUUUGCACCUCUCCCACGUCACCUUCAGCCGGCCUGGCAACUUGGCGAUGUUGGCAGAG